AUGCGCUGUGCUCCAAGCUCGCCCCCCUCGGAGAAUGUGCAUUUGCUGGGGCGCGGAGGAGCCUUCGCGGUUAUGCAGCUGGCGAAAGGCGUCAUGGCCAGUGAGUGACUUUCCUGCCGGGGUGGGGGAUCCUUGGGCUUCGUUAGGGGCUCUUAAUUUCCGGUGCAAAAUGCAAAAUGAUCUGGGCUGGCAGUUAAACAGGGACACACACCCGCUUUGCUAGUGGGAGAGGAGGGGGAGUUCCCUGGGAAAACAAGAUUUCUCUUUUCUGCUGCUUUGCACUGAUCUAGUUUGUGCACGUCUCUGUUCAGAAGGAAGCAUGCAUUUGGAACUGCACCCUGAGAUACUCAUUCUAUCCAUAAUCGCUGCUAUGGGGUUUUUUUGGUAGGAGACCGCUCAGCCUCCCCACCCCACCCCAACCCCCCGUAGAUGUUACACGUGGUAUUUCGGGGCGAUUUUCAGCGUAGUUAUAAUAAAAGUGCCUGAAAUCCUAUGCCAGACUACUGCGAAGUAAGUCUCAAUGAGUUCCGUGGGGCAACGGGAUUGCAAGCCCAAGUCUGUCAUCUCUUUAGUGGAUUCUUAUCCAAGGCUGAUUUAUCCACCCCACCCCACCCCCGCCCCGUGAAAUACUUGCUCUCCUUUCUGCAGGAAGUAGGAGGGAAUACACGUUUUGAAUAUUUAGCCAUGCCAGUGAAGAAAUUCCAUUCUAAACCAGUGGUUUGAAACCAGAACAGGGUUUCAAGUGGUUCUGGUGUGACCUGGGACGGUUGUCCUAAAACAAAAGACAACGAUAACUGUGUCACACUUUACAGUUUCAUCCUUUAUAUUUCUGUCUACUAGUAAGCCUGAGUUUAUUGAGAUUUCCCCAGUUUAGGUGUCCAUAGCCUCACGUUGCCAUCCUUAACACUGCUAGCGAAAAAGCCCACACAGUUAGACUGUCUUCUCCAUAAAUAUACAGAGGAUUGUGCUGUUAGAAAUCUCUCUAGGCGCCUGCGAAGUUUGUGCUACGCAUGCUUACCCCACAAAAGAUUUAAAAUUAAAUUGACCUUUGUUACCGCUUCCCUUUCCCCUUUAACUAGAGGGAGGCAAACAUUUCUGCUACUGUGCAAGUUUUGUUGGCAAUUUUCCAGUAAGUUUAAAGGACUCUGCUUUGGAGUUUCUUUGACUUCUGGUAAAUUUGGAAAGCUCUGUGGCUGUGCAAGAAUAAAAGGCUGCUCUCUAACUUGUCCACAUGAGAGACAUUAUCAUAAUUAUAAAUGUACAAUGGUACCUCGGGUUACAUACGCUUCAGGUUACAUACGCUUCAGGUUACAGACUCCGCUAACCCAGAAAUAGUGCUUCAGGUUAAGAACUUUGCUUCAGGAUGAGAACAGAAAUUGUGCUUCGGCAGCAUGGCAGCAGCAGGAGGCCCCAUUAGCUAAAGUGGUGCUUCAGGUUAAGAACAGCUUCAGGUUAAGAACGGACCUCCAGAACGAAUUAAGUACUUAACCCGAGGUACCACUGUAUUACCUAACCUCCCCCUUAAGGUCACAACAGUUUGAAAUGUUGUUGGCAUCUGUCUGUCUUGAGAGACAAUGGAAGAGUGCCAUGGGGGGGGUAAAGUCAAACCAUUGGAGAGGGCAACUGCAGUGGCUUGGCCCCUGCCAACAUCAGCCCUGCCUAAAGAAUGGCUUUUACCUGCAUUUUUUAUCCAUCUCAUAGAAUCAUAGAGUUGGAAGAGACCACAAGGGCCAUCGAGUCCAACCCCCUGCCAAGCAGGAAACACCAUCAGAGCACUCCUGACAUAUGGUUGUCAAGCCUCUUCUUAAAGACCUCCAAAGAAGGAGACUCCACCACACUCCUUGGCAGCAAAUUCCACUGUCGAACAGCUCUUACUGCCAGGAAGUUCUUCCUAAUGUUUAGGUGGAAUCUUCUUUCUUGUAGUUUGGAUCCAUUGCUCCGUGUCCGCUUCUCUGGAGCAGCAGAAAACAACCUUUCUCCCUCCUCUAUGUGACAUCCUUUUAUAUAUUUGAACAUGGCUAUCAUAUCACCCCUUAACCUCCUCUUCUCCAGGCUAAACAUGCCCAGCUUCCUUAGCCGUUCCUCAUAAGGCAUCGUUUCCAGGCCAUUGACCAUUUUGGUUGCCCUCCUCUGGACACGUUCCAGUUUGUCAGUGUCCUUCUUGAACUGUGGUGCUCAGAACUGGACACAGUACUCCAGGUGAGGUCUGACCAGAGCAGAAUACAGUGGCACUAUUACUUCCCUUGAUCUAGAUGCUAUACUCCUAUUGAUGCAGCCCAGAAUUGCAUUGGCUUUUUUAGCUGCCGCAUCACACUGUUGGCUCAUGUCAAGUUUGUGGUCAACCAAGACUCCUAGAUCCUUUUCACAUGUACUGCUCUCAAGCCAGUGUCGCCCAUCUUGUAUUUGUGCCUCUCACUUUUUUUGCCCAAGUGCUCGACUCCCCCCUUCCUUCUCGACUCCCCCCUUCCCCCGCAAGCAUCACAUCCUUGUCAGAAUUUCUGUCAUAAUCCAUAAAUUAUCUAGCAGGUUGUCUGUGCAUCAUUUGGAGCACUGCAGGUACAAUAAUAAUUUCAGGGGUUUUUUAAAUUAUAAAUUUAGGAGUAUUUUCUGGGGCCUUUCCCACUAGUUCAUGAUCUGCCUUCUUGCUUGUUAGAUUUCCGUAUCGCUCUCAUCCAGCUUCACGUGUCUGCUGCCAAAACUGAGAACCUGAACCGAGCCUGUGGUCUUGUGAGGUCUGCAGCAGAACAAGGAGCAAAACUUGUGGUUCUCCCAGUGAGUACUUUCCCUGUUUCCUACAAAACCUUCAAACUUGUUUACUGUUUGUUAUUCACAGAGUUUCAGUCUUCCUCCCUGGUACUGCGAGUUUCCUUCAGCAGGGUUUGAAAUAACAUGCAAGUGUAAGUUGUUCUUAGUUCUGUGCAUUUUGGAUAUGACAGCUAAAACUGUCUUGUUUGCAUUUCUGGGUUUGGUUUUGUUUUUAGGUUAUUUAUAGCCUGCCUUCAACAGAUUUCCCAAGAUGGCAAAAUAUAAAAUACUGUAUCUGAAAUGCCAAAUACAAGAUUAAAAACCAUUUCUAAAAUGUGGAACAGUAGCCUGUAAUUCCACAGAGGAGAGAUAAGUGAUUUUAAAUUGAGCAAUAAUAUAAUUGUAAUAGAUCUAUAGCUGGUGCUGAAGAGACAUUAGCGAAGACACUAGCUGAGCCAUUUAUUUAUUACGUUUAUAUCUCACCUUUGUUUUGUUUUAUUCUUCCAUGUAUGAUGCAUUACGGUAUUUUAAUAUUUUGUUGGAAGCCGCCCAGAGUGGCUGGGGAAGCCCAGCCAGAUGGGCGGGGUAUAAAUAAUAAAUUAUUAUUAUUACUAUUACUAUUACUAUUACUAUUACUAUUACUAUGUUUUGCUUUACUACCUUUGACACACAAGUGAUUACACUAAAUGUGCUUUUUGAAAACAACAUUUUCUGGCUUUGUGCAGCAGCGAUCUUAAUUGGGACAAGGGUUCCUUUCCUGUUGGAUCCUCUUUGCCCACAGAGUUCUCUUGCCUGAGUUCGUCAUUAACCUUCUGAGUUGGCCAUUAACCUUCUGCUGCCUUGUAUGCGGCCCCAACAGUGCAAAGUUCUUGAUAAACCAGCCAGAACGUUUAAAGUGUAGGAUGUUUCCCCUCCUGCUAAUGGAUAUUCCGAUGUCAAAUAAAUAUUCCCAUAUUAGCUGUAGUGUAAACAACGGAUGUUCAAAAUGGUCUUUGCUGUUCUCUUCCUGAGCCACUUAAAGUGAUGACAUAUACAUUACUUGUGAAAUUAUCAUGUUUGAAGGUGCCAAGUGUUUCAUGAAUCUUGAAGAACGCGGAUUAUCUGUGUUCACCAAUUUCUCCCUUUGCCUUUAUUCCACAGAGUAAUUGGCUCCUCAGUGAGCCAGGAAGCAAAGUGGGGAGGUAAAGAAACUUGAUUAACUUGGGCCUAGAUGCACCAGAUUAUGGAGGUAGCUAUGACUGUAUCUGUCUGGUGAGAGCGAAGGCACCUCUUGUUUCAGAUUUAAUCCAAAUAAUGUUGUUUCUUGUUACCCAAAUCUCAAGGCUAGACUUCUAUACAGUGGUACCUCUGCUUACGAACUUAAUUCGUUCCGGAGGUCCGUUCUUAACCUGAAACUGUUCUUAACCUGAGGUACCACUUUAGCUAAUGGGGCCUCCCGCUGCCACCGCUGCGCAAUUUCCGUUCUUAUCCUGGGGCAAAGUUCUUAACCCGAGGUACUACUUUUGGGUUAGCGGAGUCUGUAACCCGAAGUGUUUGUAACCCGAGGUACCACUGUAAUGCAUCCUUCUGAUUUCUCUGAGGAAGUAGACCGUGGCCCAGGUUCUGUGGUGAAUCUGGCGUUGUUAUUGCCAUGCCUUUUGUUGGGGCUCACAGUACACUGACUUCUUGUUGACUCCCAGACCCAGCACAGGCUCUCUUUACCAACUUCCAGUAGCGUCGAGGCAAAUUCAAAAGUGCAUGGUCCCUUCAUGAUAGUCACAGCCAUACCCCCUUCUAAGAUUAUAAGUCUUCUAAGACUAUUCAAUAAUAUUAUGAUUACACAACAAUUAUAAUUAGGACCACUAAACCUUUGCCUGCUUCUGUGGCCUUGCCAUAACAUAUAUCUUGGUUAUUAUAUCCUGGUCUGUGAUCUUUGCUUCUCCACUCCCACCAACAUCCAAAGGUCUUCUGCUCAUGCAAAAGACUCCACCAUUUCUCCUUUGCUGCCCUGUAUUCUUGAAAGUACCUGUCAGAACACCUGUGCGAUAGCACCUCUCUUACUUAACUUCAAAUCCUCAUUUAACCCACCUUUUCCAUGAAGCCUUUGACACUGCCUUUGCUCAGUCCCCACCCAUUUCCCAAAUCCUCCUGUAACUUGACCCAUCAUGAAGCCUAAGCGUUUUCCAAAGGAGCUGCCUGACGUAAGCAAGUCAAAUGUAAGAGGACUGCAUCUCACGUUUAAAGAUACAUUGUGUGUGCUUGCGUAGAAAUUCAGAGCUAUAUUUUAUUCUGUAAACAAUUCCAGUAUUGGAAGUUCAUCCAUGUUUCAUCUUUGUCAAGAAGAAGAAGUUUGUAGAGCUCACUUGUGGCCAGACACAUUUGUACAGAUUACUUUAAAAAUCUCAGACUUUGAGAGGGCCGUCAUAGGCAUAUUUACUCAGAAGCAGGCCUCAUUCAGUUCAGUGGGACUUGCUCUCAGGUAAGUGUACUUAGGGAUUGCAUUCUGAAUAUGCUACACAGAUGUCUGUUUCAUUUUGCUUUCAAUUUUAGGAAUGCUUCAAUUCUCCCUAUGGCACAAAAUAUUUUCCAGACUAUGCGGAGAAAAUUCCUGGCGAGACCACAGAGAAGCUCUCGGAAAUUGCGAAGGAGUGUGGUGUUUAUCUGAUUGGAGGUAAAUUGCCAUAUUGGCGAUUGUGAUGAGUGUUACAGUUUUGCUUGUCCUAAAUACAGCUGUAAGGUUAGAAUAAGCAUUGUGUUUGAAUAUCUGCCUAAGUCAUAACAAUUUUCUUCUCUUUAAUGAAAGGAUCUAUUCCAGAAGAGGAUGCUGGGAAGCUUUAUAACACAUGCACUGGCUUUGGUCCAGAUGGUGCUAUGAUAACCAAGUACCGAAAGGUAAAAUAUAAUAGCUAUGGCCAUGUUUUGAUGUAAAGGAAACCCACUAUUAUUUGUAUAAGGUGUACAUUAUCGUUAAAACAAAAUAUGCUUUGCUUUGCUCAUUAUAUAUAUAUAUAUAUAUAUAUAUAUAUAUAUUCAUCCAGCACCUGAGAGAAGCCUCGUGGCCACGUAUUUAAAAUACCGUAUUUUUUGCUCUAUAAGACUUACUUUUUCCCUCCUAAAAAGUAAGAGGAAAUGUGUGUGCGUCUUAUGGAGCGAAUGCAGGCUGCACAGCUAUCACAGAAGCCAGAACAGCAAGAGGGAUUACUGCUUUCACUGUGCAGUGAUCCCUCUUGCUGUUCUGGCUUCUGAGAUUCAGAAUAUUUUUUUUCUUGUUUUCCUCCUCCAAAACCUAGGUGCGUCUUGUGGUCUGGUGCGUCUUAUAGAGCGAAAAAUACGGUACUUGGUGGCAUUGAAGAAUAGUUUGUUACAUUUGCAUCCUGCACUUUCUGCCAAGAUUAGAAUGGAGUCACAACAAAGGGACUUUCCAGUUUGCUCCAUGGCAAAUACCUGAAGUUUCCCAUUCCGACAUUUAGAUCUAGGUUUACUACAUCUAAGACGGCACAUUAAUUGCUGCACCACGCUGGCAUUCUCGCCAUAGUUCCAUAAGUUGCAGGUUAAAUUGCAGUAGUUUAUCUUUGGACUAAACAUUUCUAUGGGCAGAAAAGCAAAUCUGGAUCCAGCCCAGUACAGGCGUCUUCCCCACUUGCACGCAUUCAGUAUGCAUGCUGCUGCUGACACACAUGUUGAAAAUGGCACCCAAAGGGGGUGGGGGAAUCCCCCCCACUUGCACUUGUCCUGGUGAUGAACACAGCCGCCUGGAAUGGAACCCCUGCGAAGGUGGGGAUUCCCUUGUAUAUACUUCUCAAAUGAGAGCACUACAAGGUGUUCUGGAAAACUGAAGUUAUUUAGAAGAUAUAUGCAGAGCAUAGAAUUGCCUGUUGUGAUAUAAAUAUAUAUGAAUGGAUAGCAGGCAUAUAGAGAAAGCACAAUUAAUGUGGAAUAAUUUGCAAGCAGCGCACCUUUUUUAUUUUGAAAACAGAUUCAUUUGUUUGACAUUAAUGUCCCCGGGAAAAUCCGGUUUCAGGAAUCAGAAACGCUGAGUCCCGGUGCCACAUUAUCUGUGAUUGAUACACGUAAGUAAAGCGUCUUCAUUCUAGUGAAUAGCAAUUCACUUCAGGAUGUAUUGUGGCUUAUGUGUGGUCAAAAAAUGUCUGUGCUGUUAGCUUCUGUAUGUAGACUGCGAGUUUAUCUUUUCAUUGUGUAUGGGAUCUUCUCAGCCAUAUUUUUAAUAAGGAAGUAUUAAGUGUGUGUGUGUGUGUGUGAGAGAGAGAGAGAGAGAGAGAGAGAAUGAGAGAGGUAAGCAUUUAUAGACUGAGAUUUCUGCUUGGACUUCCCAAGGCAGUGACAUAUCUGGCAUGUUUUUAAUGUUUUGGAACAGCUUAUUGCAAGAUAGGUCUUGGGAUCUGUUACGACCUCCGCUUUGCUGAGCUUGCUCAAAUCUACACACAGAAAGGUGAGGACAUCCUGCUGAGUUGAAUGAAUUUGUGGUGGGGGAGAAGGGUAUGACAAUUCCUUGUAAAACACCCAAUUUCAUAUCCUAAAGUUCCAUACACUAGCAAAGAGAAUGUGCUUGCAUCCAAGCUACAAUUCGGCAUAUUCAUAAUUGAUCUUAUGGGAAUCUCCUUGUCCCAAAAGGCAAGCGUUUAUUUGUCUAAUUAGGGAGGUUCCCCAUUAAGGUGCAACAACUAAAAGUCGUAUAAUUGACGUUGAACAAAGAGGACACCUUCUCAUCAGUCUGUUAGUGCUUGCCUGUCUAAAGAAAACUCAUGUUUUCUCUCCACAUUCUGUUGAUUUCAAUGAGACAUUCAGUAUGGUACCUGUAGUUGCUACUCACUCUACUGCCAGCAGGGGGCUUGGUUGAAUAGCGUUGUUGUUUAGUCAUUUAGUCAUGUCUGACUCUUCAUGACCCCAUGGACCAGAGCAUGCCAGGAACUCCUGUCUUCCACUGCCUCCCGCAGUUUGGUCAGACUCAUGUUGGUAGCUUCGAGAACACUGUCCAACCAUCUCGUCCUCUGUCGUCCCCUUCUUCUUGGGUCUUUUCCAGGGAGUCUUCUCUUCUCAUGAGGUAGCCAAAGUAUUAGAGCCUAAGCUUCAGGAUCUGUCCUUCCAGUGAGCACUCAGGGCUGAUUUCCUUAAGAAUGGAGAGGUUUGAUCUUCUUGCAGUUCAUGGGACUCUCAAGAGUCUCUUCCAGCACCAUAGUUCAAAAGAAUCAAUUCUUCGGCGAUCAGCCUUCUUUAUGGUCCAGCUCUCACUUCUAUACAUCACUACUGGGAAAACCAUAGCUUUUACUAUACGGACCUUUGUCAGCAAGGUGAUGUCUCUGCUUUUAAAGAUGCUGUCUAGGUUUGUCAUUGCUUUUCUCCCAAGAAGCAGGCGUCUUUUAAUUUCAUGACUGCUGUCACCAUCUGCAGUAAUCAUGGAGCCCAAGAAAGUAAAAUCUCUCACUGCCUCCAUUUCUUCCCCUUCUAUUUGCCAGGAGGUGAUGGGACCAGUGGCCAUGAUCUUCGUUUUUUUGAUGUUGAGCUUCGGACCAUAUUUUGCGCUCUCCUCUUUCACCCUCAUUAAAAGGUUCUUUAAUUCCUCCUCACUUUCUGCCAUCAAGGUAGCUCUUCCAAAAGGCCCCAGACUGAUUUGGGCACUGACUAGCCAUAGCUGCUGAAAGGAUCUCUGGACAGUGACUUCAACGAUAAACUUCAUACAGAGAACAUUUCCAACACAGCUGAUAUUUAUUAGGUAUUCUAACCUGGCCUAUCUUGUGGGCUUGGAGCAGGUUGCAUUUUCUGAAACUUGUGGGAUCGCCUUACCCUUUAUAUGCCCUCCUGGCCACUUCAAUCUACACAAUUACAGGUGCCACAUUUGUAAGAAAUCAGUCUUUUGGUGUGGCAUCAUCUACACUUUGGAGCUCCCUUCCUAUUGAUAUCAAGAAGGUAUCUUCGCUCUGCUCUUACCAGUGCUUGCUUAAAGCCCAUCCAAAUAUGUGGACGAUACAUGUGUUUUAAUCAGUUUUUAGAUUAUUGUUGAUUUUAAUUAGUUUUGGGUGCUUUACAAUACCUGGGUUUAACUGUCUUGUACUGAUAAGGUCAAUGCUUUGUUUAAUUGCUUCUGUAAACCACUUUGUAAUGAAACCUCACUCGAGCGGUGUAUACAUUUUUGUUACACAAAAAUAUGCUAAACAGAAUGUCCAGUGGCGGCCGAGGAGAGCAAAGCAUAACCCCGAAGACUUGACCAAAGGAAGAGAAACGUCUCAAAAAAACACUGUGGUGAGAUUGCUGCUGCUUUUCCAUGACUAUGCCUUUCUCUCCCAAUAAUAUAAAUGCAACUCAGCCACCACCUCCUUCCUUUUGAACCAGGUUGCCAGCUCUUGGUGUAUCCAGGGGCUUUUAACUUGACAACGGGGCCAGCCCACUGGGAACUGCUCCAAAGAGGACGGUGAGAUCCAGCAAAUUAUCCCUUCUCCCAAGUGCAUGUCCAAAAAAUAGUUCAAUAGUGACACUCGUUACAUUGCUGAAGGUGCUGUUCUUUUUAAAUAGGAAAGCAAUCCCUCACUAAAUUAAAAACAAUAUGGUACUUGCUUACACUGAAGCAGAUAUAUGAUGAAUGCAUGCACAGCAGAAUAGAACUUCAAGCUUGCUCCGUUCAUCUGCUGCAUUUUCUCCAGUGCACAAAGAUUCAUACUGAAGCCUUUUAUUCCUUUUCAUACAGAGCUGUCGAUAACCAAGUCUAUGUGGCAACGGCAUCUCCUGCCAGGGAUGAGAAGGCGUCUUAUGUAGCCUGGGGACACAGCACUGUGGUAAAUCCAUGGUAAGUAGGAAAAUGGAGUGUACUCGGAACAUGUCUUGCAUUCAGUACCAUCCCAUGUCACGUUUUCUGACUCAGUUUCUAGUUCAAAGUUUUUGAAUUUGUGGCACGAUACCAGACCAAUUCAUUCAGAUAAAGCCUUGCUGAGAAUCUAUUUUGUACUAUAAUAUUUUAGUAAAACUUUGAAACAGCAAAUGCUGGGAAGGCCAAUAGGAAAGGAUACGUGAGAGAAACAUUGAACAUGAUACGUUUUCAAAAGUGCAUUUGAACCUGUGGUGGUGAUCAAAACCUGGAUUACCUUGAAAGCUUACUGCUUCAGAAUUCUUUGCCCUACUUCUUUUCUUGUUCGCAUCUAGUUUGGAUGGGAAUCAAACGGCCAAGUCAGGAACUUCCAUUUCCUAUCAGCCUGUCCUUCUGGAACUCUAUCCCAUUCCACCUUUGAGCUCGGAGGGUUGAAGAAGUAAAGGAGGUUGAAGGCCUUGUUUUAGGAAGUCUGUGGCUCUUAAGGGGUGCAUGUACAGUGGUACCUCUGGUUGCAAACGAGAUCCGUUCCGGAGCCCCGUUCGCAACCUGAAAGGAAGCAACCCGUGUCUCACGCGCACGCACGAUUCACCGCUUCUGCGCAUGCACGUGAUGUCAUUUUGCGUGUCUGUGCAUGCGUGAGUGGCGAAACCUGGAAGUAACCCUUUCUGGUACUUCCGGGUCGCCUCAGGACGCAACCUGAAAAAACGUAUCAUAAAGCAAACGUAACAAGAGGUAUGACUGUAAUGUGUUUAUUUUAAGUUUUAAAAUUUAUUUAAAGUUUAUUUUAAGUUUUAAAAUAUGUUCAUUAACCUAUAACAAGGUAAAGACCACAGCUCUGUUGACCGUUUCCUCCCAGCUCCCAGAGAGCUUCUGUCAUGGCUCUGUUUUCUUUUUCAGGGGGGAGGUCAUAGCCAAAGCUGGCACUGAGGAAACUGUUAUCUAUGCAGAUAUAGGUGAGUCCGCAGUAGUGUUUUUUGUCCUCCCGUGGCAUGGGCUUCUUCUGUAGCAUUAAACCGGGACAGAGUGACACGAUUCAGUUCCUUGACUAUAAAAUGGGAAUAAACCACCACCCCCCGCAAGGAUAUUUAUGAGUGAGAGCGCAAAGCAGGCUCAAUAACUUUGCAUGUCUUUCAUGCAAUGGUAAAUUAAAAUUUACCACUGGAUCUGCCAAGCUAAGAUUCGACUGAUUUUGCAUGUGAAAAUUAAGGAUUUAACCUUCAUCUUGUUUUCUGGGAUAAAAACCUACCCAGGCACACUUUUCAUUGUGCAGUUUACUUAUAAGUAGACAUAUAGGGUAGUCCUUCUAACCUAGGACAUUGUCACCUGCACAACAUCUCCAAAUUUCAGCCAGUUGCCACUGUUUUCCUUCUGAAAGGAAGAAAAAACCACCCAGGGAAUAACACACAUAAGAAAUGCAUUGAAUGUUACCAUUGGGAUACUAAAAUAUUCCAUUUUUUCCAUUAAAAAAUGGUCAGGGAAAGGCCAGGAAACAUGGGGGGCAUAGGGUGUCAAUAGGAUCUAGUUUGGGGAACAAGGACAUUGUCAUGCAAGUUUAUCAUUGGAGUGAGAUAUACAAGGUUAACCUUAGUUUUGAGUUGACAUACUGUAGUUUUUUUUCUAGAUGGUAUCCAAUAUUUUCAUGGCAGUUUUACUUUAAAAGGUAGUUUUUGUUAUUGUAAUUGAAAAUAAAAAACAUAGCUUAGUUAAGGAACAGAAAUUGUGUUGUUUGCUCAAUAUGCAGGGACAAUUGUUUCCUGUACAAAACAAUUAUACCUCCUUUGGAUAAGUUCUUUCUGGCUGUGGGUGUAUUAGUUUUGUCAAGCACACCUCAUCUAGAACAAACACAAUCUUUUUCUGUGAUCCAAAACCUCCCCAAACUUACACUGAUAAAUUUCACUGGGGUACUAAAAAUACUGCAAUAACUGGGUUGUGGGGCAGUUUUUUGUUGUUGUCAACAUUGGAUAAAUGCUAAAUUAUAGUGGCUACAGGGCAGUGUGAGGAGCAGUGAGGGAGAAUUGGUGGUAAUAUGGGCCUUCUUAUUUCUGUUUACAGACCUAAAGAGGCUUGCAGAAGUUCGACAGCAAAUCCCCAUUCUUUCUCAGAAGCGGUCUGAUCUUUAUGCUGUAGAAUCGAAAUUUGCAUGAUGUAUAGAGACUUGGACCAGUACAGAAAAAUCACCUUUCUUUUCCUAAAUUUUUAGUCAAUGAUGUUGAAAAAAUGAAGUGUCCUUCGGAUAAAAAUCUAUUAAGGAUAAGAAACCCAAUUUAUAAAUUAAAAAUUCUAUAUAAAAUCUAGUGGUAAGCUUUGAAUGAGAGGGGUACAUUUGAGUUUUUUAUAUUAGGGUACUUGAUUAAGCCACUUCACAAUGCAUUGAAAUAUAUGUGUAUCACCAUAGCAGUGCCUUAGAGAUCAAGCAUAUAUAUGCACGCAAUGGUAAGAUUGACUAUUAUGCUUUGAUAAAUUGCCUCAGUCCAGUAUACCUGAAAUACUAUCUCCACCCUCAUUGUUCAGCCUGGACACCGAGGUCCAGUUCUGAGGGUCAUCUUCUGGUUCUCUCACUGCGAAAAGUGGUUACAGGGAACCAGGCAGAGGGCCUUCUCGGUAGUGACGCCCACCCUGUGGAAUGCCUUCCCAUCAGAUGUCAAGGUGAUAAAGAAUUGCACAGCUUUUAGAAGACAUCUGAAGGCAGCCCUGUUCAGGGAAGUUUUUAAUGUUUGAUGUUGUAUCGUGUUUUAACUAUUCUGCUGGCAGCUGUCUAAAGUGGAUGGGGAAACCCAGCCAGAUGGGCGGGGUAUUAUUAUUAGCAGCAACACUUGGGACAAUAUGUUUUGACCUUGCAGUAUUUUGCAAAAGCUGUACCAUCAUUCAGUGAAAAGCAAGGCUCUGAGCUGUCCUUGAAAGUUUUCCCCUCCCUAUCAAUCUCUUCUCCAAUUCCCUCAGUUAGCUGAAUUCUGUUGUUUCAUGUCACGGCAGGUUCGGCGCUCUAUCCCACUCCAGUCCAAGGGCAUUAUUCCCUUAUUUAUGUUAAAGGGGAAGUUACCUUGUUUAGGCUGCAUUGUCCAUCAGUUCAAGAAAACUGUGCCAGGAGUAACUAGUGGUGGAGCACUGAGUUGCUUCUUCCAUGAGAUAACAGGUUUAUUUAUGUACAACACUUGUUUGUUCAUACAAAUGUUAGGUUGGGGAACCUCAGGCUUGGAAUCUAGAAGCAACCUUCCAUGUCUUUCUCCCCAGGUCAUGGCCUACUCAAAUAUUUUUGCCUGGCUGGAAUGUGGCUUUGAAUUGUGCAAAUCUCCCAAAUAUAAGAGUUUGUAAGCAUCUGUGGUUAACUGCCAAAGCCACAAGGAUUACAUGACUCUGCUGCAUUUAACAUUUAUUUUCUAGUGCUUCAGCAACAAAAAGACACUGACAUAUACUGUGUUGUUUGCUUGGGGGUGUAUUUAUAGAACCAAAAUCAAUUAUUAGAAUAAGUCAUCCUUGGGGCAGGGGCUUUUCCUGGAGGGAGAGGUGCUGUAGUCAAGUCAUAAAAGCACAUGUUUUGUAAACAGAAGGUCCCUAGUUAGUGUCAACUACAGAGCUAGAUAGACCAGUAGGCUGAUUUGAAAUAAGACAGCUUCCUGUGAAGGUGUUCUUCACCCUUGUGGUUGUGAUAACACAGUCCAAAGCUGUCCUGGGAACCUUUGAAGGUGGGGCUGCAACUCUGUUAAAAUAUAAAUAAAAUUCAACUUACGUGGAUAACAUUCCAUUGCAAAUCCCAAAGUAAUGAACUACAUUGUCUCUUGUCUCUCAAUGAAGAAUUGAAUUAACGUAGUUUUUCAAGGGAUAGGUACUUCCUAGGCUGUUUUAACAAUGAUGUAUUCAGAACAUAUAUAGAGAUUAUCUGCAUUCUGACAUUCAGUUGGUAUUUGUGGCCAAGUUUGCUGACACCGUGCACUGUUCAUUGCUCAUCAUCAAACAGCAAGUCACAAAAAUCUGCCACAAUCUACACCUGUUGGAAAUUUUACCUACAUAAAGGACAAUAAAUCUACCAGUCUUUCAAUCCUGUAAAAUAUCUGGACAGUCAGAAUGAUUAGUACAGCUGGGACCAUGGGCAAAUUCAUAGAGUGAAAGCAAAGAUGAAAAGAGAAUGAUACUCUUAAUAGUGAUCACUGGUUCAUAACCCACUUCUAAAUAUACUUUCACCAAAACAGGAAUUUUGAUUCCAUUAAUAAAACACUUACAGGUUUUAAAUACUUUAAGUUUGUAAGUGUUCAGCCCAAUAGUAUAAAUGUGGAAUUACUGCUGCCACAACCAAUAACUGCUUUUCUUUCUGAUGGAAUACCAAGUUUGUUACAUUUUUAAAAAGCAAAAAGGCACAUACAGUGAAAUGAAAUUUAUUUUUUUUAGAAAACACACACCAUGUAUUCAGUAUCUGACGCCUUCGUUUAAAGCCACAAUGUAAACUGCCCGCUGUGCACAAGCACAUAUACUACCACCCCAGGACCCCCACUUGAGAUUUAAUAGCUGUCAUACUAGCUGCUGUUUUCCAAGUAGCUUGGACUUGAUGAUAGUUCUUUUCUAGCAUCCCCCUCUUCUUGCUCAUUCUCACUGAUUCACACAUCUAUACCUGCCAAGAAAGCAAAAAACCCUCAGUAUGUAUAGUACAAAUUUUAAUCCCCUCCGGAGAACAGAAAAAUGUUUUAUAGGGCUCUCAAGUUAGCCUUUACAUAUAUAAAACGCAGGAGUUCCAGUACUAUGUAAUAAAAAUUAGAUUCUCAUAGGGGAGAGGGACCUUACAGAAAUUAAGGCUAUAAUCCUAUACCCACUUACCUGAAAGCCAGCUCCACCUAAUGCAGUUACAGGUAUAGGGUUACACACGUUACGAUUCAGCUAAAAUGAGGCCUAUUAAAUUGCAAUUGAUCUCAAUGGGAGAUAGUCAAGAAUUUCUUUAAAUUUGCCAAUUAAAGGCUUACCUUUGGCUAGAUCACACCUUUAAAUUUUGGAAUGUUUGUAUUUCCACACUGUUGCAUGGACCACACAAUAGGCUGAUGGCUCAAAUACCAACUUGACAGCUGGUAUAAUGCCUAAUCUUUCUUCUUUUUUGCUGACAGCAUUAAUUCUUAUUCUCUAGCUAAAUAAGAGAAACUACAGAAAUCUUGUUAUCAAGAUGUAAUGACUGAAGUAAGCCUGAUAAUGAAUUCCACUAUGCCCUAGUUUUCAACAAGUUCAUCAGCUUGUCUUUCGUUUGCUCUCUUGGAUAAAACUGGAGAGUGUACAUAGUUGCAAUAUCCAGUUCUGAAAAGCCAGUCCUUCAAUGAAAACUGAGCAGCCAUUUUCCAGUUCUCAGCAAUGCUACUUUGAUAGAGAUCAACUGUCAGACCAGGGAUGGGCAUCCUGUCAUUUAUUAUCUGGUUAAAUACCCAAGUAAUCAAAGGACAACACCAGUGGGAAAGCAGCUUGUUAUUUCGAAGUCUCAACAAUUAUAUUCAUGUGUGUGCGCGCGUAUUUACAAUUUAAAUAGAAUCACCACAAGUAGUUGUGCUAGGUAUAUUUCCCCAAAUUCACUUCCAGUUGUCUAAAAUUUUUAUGGCUAUGGCCUGCUGUGCUUCUGAAACCUGUUAACAUUUCAUUAAUAAAAAAAAAAUAUUUCCUAGAACUUUCUUGUAACAUUUUUUUUGGGGGGGGUGAGAAAUCGUUUUUUAAAUAGUCUUCCUUCUUCAGGAAGCUGAAUUUCCUUAGCAAUACAAAUCAAAAUAUGCCUAAUCUGAAAAUACUGAUCCCAGGAUAGUCCAAAAGUGCCUUUUCCUUUACAUUUUUAUACGUUACUGUAUCAUGUUACAUGUAAGGCUUUCAUUCAUUAAGAGUCCUAUAUUUCCAACAAAAUAGACAACUUGUUCAUUAUAAUUUAUUCCACUAUGAAACUGAAGAUUGCAUACAUGGGGUUCUCAAAUUGUCUACCAUCUGGGCAUUGACAAGACCCAGAGUAGCUUAGUUUCCAUUAACAGCCUUCAGACAAUGCCCAUGGAUAACCAUGAUCCUGGAGCAGAUUUCAGAUAUCUACAUGCUGUACAAAACAAUUCAGACCCAUGUUGCCUAAAAGCGUGUUGUAUAUACUUUUUCACAUCAAGAAGAUUGUGUGUUCACCUAGUCCUUCCCAAGUUAACAAGACCAGGCAGUUCUAUACCAUCAGUACAUUUGUUUAUACAGACUGAUUGAUCAACGUUCAGUAUGGGUAUGGUUUCCUGCCAUAAAUAGUAAAAACAUCAGCUGAUGUGUAUUGGUCGUAUUUGUUUUGUUUAUCAUGGUGGAGUCAGAGACCUACUUGUCCAGCUCCUCUGUGACUUUUGAUGGAGUCUAAUUUUCAACCACUUUUCUAAGCUACUCUUGCAACCUAACAGCACAAUCCUAACCAAAUCUACUUAGAAGUAAGUCCUACUGAAUUCAGGUUAGCAGGGUUAGGAUUGCAGCCCACAUCCUUUAAACAGCCUAUUUUCAGAUCUUCAGAAGCCCCUUUCAAAGCUCUAUUUUGCACAGCCCUGCGGCUUUGCAGGUACUACUGGUCAGCUGAUCAGAAGUGCCUACAAGCACUUUUUCAGUCCAGCCCCACACCUGACUUCACGUAGAGCAGGGGUGUGUGGCUGGGCCGAAUGGUGAGCUCUGGUAGACAGGCCCAUUUAAAAAGCUAUGCUGAUUCCAUGCCCCUUAGGAUAAAUUGUCUUGUUAGGUAAGUUACCCAUUUUUAAAAGGGAAAUUCUAUAGCAAUAAGGUUCCUUUUUUAAAAAGUCACACCCCAUUGCACCAGCAAAAAAAAUGGGGAAAUAAAACAUGGUUAUUUGAAGUUUCACUAUUCCGUGCAGAGAAGUUAGCAGCACAUUCACAUAACAUGAUUGUCUUUUUUUGUAUGCUGAUUUUCUAAGGAAGCAAUUUUAAAACCAAUACCCUAAAUCUUACAUGUAUAAGAGAUAUUUGAAUGUAAUAUUUAUUUGGUGACUUUACAAGUGUAAGUCAUUUACAAAAAAAUAACAAACAAAUGUAAUUCUCAGUGCAGUUUCAAAUAUCUGAAAACAGGAAACAAUCUGUGAUGAUUUGGAAUGCUAGUAUCAGACAGCACAUGCUUAAUUCUUAAUUGUUUUCCAGAGACAGAAGUGUCAGUGUACAUAGAGCCACGCAAAUAAAAACCCUUUUGAAAAACAUGAUACAAUUUACAGAUGAGAGGGAUACUUCAAUAGAAAACUCAAGAACUCAAAAAAAAAAUUUUUUUUGGAAGCAGCUGACUUUCCAAACUGAACAUAAUGGAAAGAUUAAAAUUAUCACUGAAUCUUGUCAAUUUUCUUCUUCAUUUAUUACAUUAACAGAAUGAACUCUUUUCAGCAAAAUGUAGUGUAACUAGUUUUCACAAUGUGUGGUUUAGGAAGCAGUCUAAAAUUAACUGACCUCAGAAUACAAUCUUAACACAUAUGUGCUAUACAAUAAAUUUUGUAAAUCUGAAAUAGUACUAUUACAGUUACUGGUUCACUUCAGUAGCUCCUAGGAACAGUAGGGCAACUGAGAACAGUGGAUUGAAUCCAGACUUCCCAGGAGGUUUUUAAUCCAAUAGAGCUCUCACCUGUGCGGGGAGGCAACUUUUGCAGAUUGCCUCCUCUCCCUGCAGCCUCUAGCAUCAUCUCCCACUCUUCUAAAGGGUCUCAUAAUUCUCUGGAACAGUGUGGAAUGUGGUACCAGAGGAGAAGGAAAUUCACCAACAGUAGCAUCCUCUGGGCAAAACCCCAUUCAAGAGAUGUUUCUACUGAUGGGAGCAAAGUGUGGAUCCAACCCAGUAUGUGCAAUUUGCUAAGUACUGGAAUAGAAACAGCUCUUAAAAUAGAGCUGAAAAAGUAACAAAACUGCAGAUGGAUGCUUUGUGCCGCAGCAUAAGCCCAAAAGCAUCUUUUGAAGCCUAAGUUAAGUUGGACCCUUUCAACUAAACUUCGCCCCAACAAGGUCUGAUACUUAUUUCUACAACAAUUCUAGCACACAUACUAACCUGACGAGUCCAAGACCAGUGUUGGCAGUGUCCUUAACAGAGACAAUUUUGCUCUCCUGAAAAACGUUUUAACAAAUAGGCUUUUUCUAGUGACUUUCAAAUUAAGACAAGGGAAAGGAAAAGUUGCUUUUGGGGACAAAGGGCUACUGAUAAAUGGUAGUUAGUAAAUUGCAAAAGAUCUUUGAAGUAGUUCUCUAAACCAUGCACUAGAACAGCAGAUUGAGAACUUCGGUUUCUGUAUAGCUGCUACUGUCCUAUUAAAUGAAGCAGAAACUGUAAACGGGAAGAAAGAAAACUGCACAUGAUAACUAUGUUGAAAUGAUUUAGCUUCACCCACAAUUGCCUUAAAAAUCCCUACUAUUCAACAACUUUGCAAAUAAUGUGUUCUUUGCAAAAAUAAAAUCAAGCCAGAGGGAUUCAUUGCAUAUAAAAAAUUACACAGCACUAUUAAUUUUUAAAAUCAACAUAAUAAGCAGUAGUAAAACAUCCUGUAGAUAGAGCCAGUCAUUCACAACAUCCACCCUCAAAACAUGAGUCAAAACGGUUUUUAUUUGCAUGGCCAAAAUAAUAUUUGAUCCCCUUGCAACUCUUUUAACCUCCCUCUAACAAUUAUUUGCUGCAGGGGGAACAAACUGCUUACUCUGAUGGACAGCCACUCCAGCAACACCUAAACAUUUAACAGAUAAUUACAACACCAUGGACCAAAAAAAAAAACAACCCCCCCAAAACCACCCCAGAUUAACUUCCACCAUUCAACACACUGCAACAGUGUCUUUAGGACUAGGUCGAAGGGGGCAGCUUUACUUUUAAAAAGGUCAUUUCCCUCCAAUUCUUUCUUUACAAUGUUGGUGGUUUCAAUCCAUAUUUCUUUGCAACUUCUGUCUGGGCAUAGGCAGCAUCACAGAGUGAGUAGAGGUGAGCCAUUUCCAUCUCAGAUUUGGCUAGGUUAAUAGCUUUAUUGAACAUUUCAAUGGCUUUAUCCAGAUUGCCUCUGAAAUAAAGGGGAAAGGUUGCAUUAAUGUAAAGGAAAUAAAGCUUGAUAUGACAAGAGAAAAGCCCAUUCUAAAACCAGAGACUAAAAAUAAUCCAAGGACAAUGCCGGGGAUAGAGCUGCAUUCUGAAAGCUGAACUUUCCUCCUUAGCAAUCACCAGUAUUGUUAGAGAUAUACAAGUCCUUUAUCAAAUACCAUAAGUUAACGCUUAGCAGUUACAUGUGGAUGUUAAAAGAAUGUGUGGUUUUUUCCAAUUGAAAAAAAUUUUGCAGCUUUGUUGGUGUCCUUUAACUACCGUAUGCCAUUUUUCUCUCAACUUCCUAAUAGGCAUUAUUCGGAAAUCUGUGUCCCUGUUUAGCUGGUCUUAGAAAUUCAUUAUGAUGAAAGUAUUUUGGAGAUGCUGGAUGCACAAAGAUCUCCGAAUGUCCAUGUCUCAAACAACAGCUUCAUUCUUUAAUGUGCUAAUUAAUGUGAUUGUUCUGGCCAGCUGUCACAACUUUCUCUAAAAUACUAGAUAUCCUAUAGAAAAUGUAAAGGUAUACAGAAGUAUGGCCCCCCAAAAGGUGCAACUUAUAUGAUAAACAAUUUGAGCAGGUUGUUUGUUUAUUGCUGUUGUGUGGCCAAAACUCUUAGCUGUGAGUCCUGGAAGACCUGCAGACCUUUCCCCACCAGGCCUGGGAGGGCAGGGCCCUGACUGACUCCAGCUACAAAAGCUUGGGCUGCUGAACAGAAUCUUGGGCUGGGGUAUAGUUUAGGGGGUUUUGUUUGUGGGAGGGUUGUUGCUGUUAUCAAUUUUUGUAUCUAUAUUUUAGAUCUUGUGAUUUAUGUGGAAAUUGUUCAGUUUGGUUGUGUACUCUUUGAUGUUUUAUUUACUGUUUAUGACUACUUUUGUUAGGCUUGAAAUUAUGUAAUGUUGUUUAUGCUGUAAGCCACCUUGAGCAUGGUUUAUACUAUGGAAAGGCAGCAUAUAAAUAAAAUGGUGUAUGUACAUAUGUAUG